AUGUCACCAUAUGAACUGAUGUAUGGCAAACAAUCUUCUUUAACUCACCUAAGAGUGAUAGGGUGUUUGGCAUUUGCUACUAGUUUGAGGAAGGAUGAUAAGUUUGCACCAAAGGCCAGAAAGGCUGUGCUACUUGGGUAUGAUGUCAAUCUGAAGGGAUAUAAACUUCUGGACAUUGAGUCAAGGGUUAUUUUUGUUAGCAGAGAUGUUAUUUUUUAUGAAAAGGAAUUUUCAUUUCAAACAUCAGGUUCAGGUGAUACCACUAAUCAAAUAUUUUCUAUACUUCAUUCACAUGUAGAAGAUUGUAAGCUUACACCAUGUGUUGAUGAUCAGGCCUCUAUGCAUGAUGUUUUGUCUCAGAAUCAGACCCCACCAUUAGUCUUACAUGAUGUUGUUGAACUUGUUAUUGUUAGAAGAUCCAAUAGACCUGCUAAGCCCCCUUUGUGGCACACAUACUAUGUUUUGCCUAAGAAGCUAGCUGGCAAUUGCUUGUAUCCCAUUGGAGAUAUAGUUGAUUAUGAGAGCAUCUCACCAGCCUAUAGAAGCUUUGUUACUAAGUUAUCUCAGGAAAAGGAACCUGCUUCUUAUCAGGAAGCCAUACAGAACCUAGAUUGA